UGUAUCCAAGCUGCUGCGAGGCUCCGUGCCCCUCCAUCUUAGAGCUCUGAAUCAGCAAAGCCCCCAACGGCGGGCUUCACUGUGCGCUGCUUUUGUCGUUCCGGCCUGUCCUGCGUGUUUCUGCUUUCCUCCCCUCGCAGCCGGCUGUCCCAGCUCGGUGUUUGAAUCCCGGGACUGAGCUUUGCUAACGGAGCGCUGUAUGAGGCCGUAGUGGUGUGCGUCUCUUGGCUGGGCUGUGUCGGGUUGGCUGGCAGCAUGUCUAACAAUGAGCUGCACUGUAGCAUCUUUAUCUAUUGAAGCAGCGUGUCUGAGCAGAUGACUGAUCUGUGUGCUAGCGGUCAGGGCUUCAAGGUAGAAUAAUAUUCUAUUCUGGUUGUACGUUGCUGGGCUGAGGCUUUGGGCAAGCUGCCUUCUCCCUGAAAGCCUGGCAGGAGCUUGAUUUAGAAUUGGAUGCAUCAUUUGUUAGGUGUCAUCACCACUAACCUAAACAGACCUACUGUGGGACAUCUUAAUCCUACGUAACAGUUCCUUGUCGCUGAGAUUGAGGGGUGUUUCCCUGUGGCUGGGUUAGCUUAGCACUGCCCUGGGGUAAGUGCCCUAUUUUAGAGCUGGAAGCAGUGGUGCACUUUGAAAAGAUUAAGUGUGAACUCAUUAUGUACCAAGACAUCAUGGGGCUGGAUGUGUCAACUACAUGAAGCUCAUGUUUUCUGUCUUUUGAAUAUUUCUAUUGCUAAAUUUUCAUCCAGUAGCUUUAGGAAGUAUUUCAUUCUCAUCCCAGCUUUUUCACCACGACCGUUUCCAGAUGUUUGAAUGAACAACCUGUUCCGUUCUGGUUGGAGCCUAUCGGGCUGACUUGAUGUGUCCUUUUCAUGGCAUUGCUUUUGCUUCCUGUCUAAUGAGGACUUCAGGUAGAGCAGGGGAAGUGAGCUUUGGCUCCCCGAGGCUGAAGUCAGUAUAUAGUGUCAUAACUGGGAUCUCUGAAGACCGUAGGACUGGGAAGGACAGGGACCUCUUCUGAGCACUGCAUGUGUUUUUCCUUGGGUGGUUGAUGCUCUGGUUAUCCAGCAAGUCCCUUGUGGCAGUUUUGUGUGUUUCUGAUGUUGAAAAGAGCAAGUGAGCAUGAAUCACUGGUGAGAUGAGAGAGGUUUCUAGGAUCUGCUUCUAGUCCCUGGGAGUUUGUGCCACCUUCUCCAUGUAGCUCCUGUUGCUUUGAGCUCAUAUACUUGAAGUCUGCAGCCAACAGGAGGGUCAUGCCCUCUCCCUGCUGACAGCUGUUUGUGCCUUACCAGUUUGACCAGGGAGCUGAAGACAUUCACCCUGACCAGACUUCCUUCCUCCUGUUUUUGUGAGUAGUAGCAUGACCUGCUUCAUCAUAAGGAUGGCAGUAUCGGACACGUCCUUAUUUUCAAAAUAUUCUGGAGGGCAAAAUCAAGAUUAGAUGUGCACUGGGGGAUCCCCCUUCUAGAGGCAGAUUGUACAAGACAACAGAAUUGCACGUUACUCUGUUUCCAUUGCCAGUAUUGUGAAGCCAAGGUUAAGGUAGCAAGCACUCUGGUCAGAAAAUGCCCUAGCUGAAGUUGUACCCGCAACCUUAAUCAGCUAAUUAGCCUGCCCGACAAGCAUUAUAAUUUGUUCUUAAUCAUGCAGUUCCAUGCUAUUCUUGUCUAUGCUAAGCUUCCUAGUGUUUUCUCCUCUUGUUCCCUCGCCCACAUAUGGCGCUUAUUAAAUUUAUUAACCUCUGAAAACGUGACCUUGUGGAGCCCGAUGAGCGUGAGGUGAUGAGCCCUGCCCAGGCUGGGAGCUGGCUGCUGACCAUCUGCUUACAGGACACAGCCUCCUGCUUUAACAGAUCACCAGAGGCCUGUAUAGACUUUGAUUGCAUUUGAGAUGUCUGUUAGUUUAUUUGUCUGUUUCUCAAGGUUGCUGUGGAACUGGCGAGUGGGUUAUGAGGUGGAGCACGCGGUCUCAUGGGUUGUGUUUUGAGUAAGAAGCAUAGGUGUUAAGCCUGAAGUUGAAGAUGUACAGCCUUUACCCUUGAGCAGGUAUAUUUCUUGCACCCGUGGCUGAAGCUGUAGGGUGUCUGAUGAAGGCCUUGCUGGGCCAUUACUCGGGCACUGCGUUGUAACCCAGGCACUUAACGCACUGCUACCAGAUUUCCCCCAAUCCAUCCACCAUCAGGUAGCUUUAGGAUGGCUGAUACGUGUGGCAGAGUUAAGUGCUGAUGCUGGGCUGCAGAGUCUUGGAAGGCUGCAGGUUACUGCUGGCAGGAAGCUGCAGCCUGACUGUGUUUUCUCUCCUGUUGGCAGUGUCAGUCCAGUUGUGGCGCUGGGCAGGGUGUAGGUUUGAACUCGACCUGUGACGUUUGCAGAUGUGUGGCAGUUCAGCAGAGCCCUUACUCUGUGCCUGUAUGACUUGGCUUAAAGGAAUGUCUGUAAUUUCUGGCUUCUUUCUUUGAGAAAGAACGUAUUAAGAACCAAGCUACUAAAUGCAAGGAGUUCCCUCGUGAGAACUGGGAUGGUUGAGCUGGAGGAAGGAGUGAAGGAAACGAAGAAAAUGCGACAGAAACCUUUGCAAGAAUCAUGUUGACUAUUUAGAUGACUUGUUGUACAGUGAAGGAACCCUUCAGAUGCGGGGAGGAGUAGCUGGCAGUCUCCUUUUUGUAUUCCUGGUGUGACAGGAAUGCAGAGCAGGAUGCUGGCAAGUGUUUAAUCUCAGGUUUGUUGCUGCUGUCAUAAGGGUGGUGGGGGAGGAAGAGGAAGUGUCUGCAUGGCUGCUUAGUUUCUGUUUUGCAGGCAUUGCCUGUGCACAGUGCUUUAGCUGUUCUGUUGUGGCAGCAGCUGUUAUUUUUGGCUUUCCCAGCAUGCUGUUUGAGUAGAUGCACUUUCUAAUGGAUGCAGUUCUCCUAAUUGUCAUGUUGGGGUGCUUGUGCUUCCUCUGUAGUUCCUUUCAGGUGCAGGUGGUACCUGGGAGCGAGUUGUUUGCCUUGUUAUUUUCUAUGUGUAUUCUGAGUGGCAAUAACUGUGUAAAAGAAGCAUGCUUCUUUAAGCUGUUAUUUUGCAUAACCCUCGUCAGUAAAUGGUCAGUUUCACUUACAAGGAAGGAUUUUAUCCCGUUGUCUUGGCUCGAGUUGGAAGGGACCCCAAAGGUCAUCAAGCUCCAACCCCCCUGCCUCACGCCGGGCCACCAACCUCCAUACCUUGUACUAGACCAGCUGCCCAGGGGUCCAUCCAACCUGGCCUUGAACACCUCCAGGAACGGAGCACUUCCAGCACUUAUUCCAGAAUAAGGGAAUACGAUUCUCUAUCAGAGGGAGCCUCUGUAUCACGAUACCCACAGUACCGUUAGCAUGACUGCAGUUGGUUCUGUUUAAAGACAGCAUGGGUGUAACUGCCAUCAUUGUAUUAAUAGAAGAUCGGUGCCAACCAAAUCUGAUAAACGCAGUAAAGAAAGUUGCAACGUAAUUUGCCUAUCCUGAUGGGAUGUUACUAAGUGUGGUUAAGAGCUCUGACAGAUAAGCUGUGUCUGAUUUAGCUUUUGUAGUUAGAAAGGUUAUCUCCUCCACCAGCUGUCUCGCUUCUUUGCCAGAAGUUUCCUCCCUGGUAUUAGGGGCUGCAGCAGUUCCUGGUCAGCUGCCACCAUUUAAGACAUAAUUUUUCUUCAUUAAUAUCCAUUGGAAUGCUGUGUUGUGAACCAGGCCAGAUGAAGGACAGACGUGCACUCUCUUUUGCUUCACCUGCUGGUUGGUAACUAUCAGCUGAUGGUUGGAGGAGUCAUUUGGGGGGCAGAGGUCCCUAUAAAUUAAUCAAGAGCAGCUGUCAGAGCCCUGACCAGUAGGUGAGAAUAUUUGUGUCCUGAAAGGAGCUCACUUUGAAUUCAGGUCCCAGCCGUGACAGAGGGUGUGAUCUCAAACGUUCUGGCUUGAUGAAACAGGUGAAGAUCUAAACGAAGGCUGAGUUAGUCCUUGUUAACUCUUUUCCAUACAACAUUUUGCAGGCUGACUUGCUUCUGGCACCCCGCGCCCUCUUGGUUGCAGGAGGUUGGCUCCAUAUCCCGGUGACUGUUCAACAGAGAGAGUUUGGGUAACAUCUCUAAGAUCAUCAUAAGGAAGCAGAUAGAGAGGGGGAAAACCUGGCUGCCUGAGUGCUGCUGAGCUGCAUCUCCCAGCCUUUGUGGCUCUCCCCAUGCUCCAAGAGUUCAACUGGUGCCCAACGCAAUGUGUGUUUGUCAAACCAUGGAAGUGGGCAAGUAUGGCAAGAAUGCCACUAAAUCUGGAGACCGGGGGGUCCUGCUGGAGCCUUUCAUUCACCAGGUGGGCGGCCACAGCAGCAUGAUGCGCUACGACGACCACACCGUCUGCAAGCCGCUCAUCACCAGGGAACAGCGCUUCUAUGAAUCCCUGCCUCCAGAAAUGAAGGAGUUCACACCUGAGUACAAAGGUGUGGUGUCUGUCUGUUUUGAGGGAGACAGCGAUGGCUACAUUAAUCUGGUGGCAUAUCCCUACAUGGAGAAUGAAGCUUUGGAACAAGAUGACGUGCCAGAGAGGGACCAGCCACGACGCAAGCACUCGCGUCGGAGCCUUCACAGGUCAAGCAGUGGCACUGAGCACAAGGAGGAAAAACCUGGCCUGGCCAGUGACAGCACAGAAAGCAGCAUCCAGGAGGCAAAGAGUUCCAGGAUGGACUUGCACAUCCACUCAGAUGUUCCGUUUCAGAUGUUGGAUGGGAACAGCGGGCUGAGCUCUGAAAAGAUCAGCCAUAACCCCUGGAGCCUGCGCUGCCACAAGCAGCAGCUGAGCCGCAUGCGGUCGGAGUCCAAGGAGAGAAAACUCUACAAGUUCCUUUUGCUGGAGAACGUGGUGCAUCAUUUCAAGUUUCCCUGCGUGCUUGAUCUGAAGAUGGGGACCAGACAGCACGGAGAUGAUGCCUCUGAGGAGAAGGCUGCUCGGCAGAUGAAGAAGUGUGAACAGAGCACUUCUGCCACCUUGGGCGUGCGAGUGUGUGGGAUGCAGGUCUACCAGCUGAACACAGGGCAUUACUUGUGCAGGAAUAAAUACUAUGGACGUGGUCUUUCCAUCGAGGGCUUCCGCAAUGCCCUCUACCAGUAUCUCCACAACGGCAUAGAGCUGCGCAAGGACCUCUUUGAGCCUGUCCUUGCCAAACUCCGAAGCUUGAAGGCAGUUUUGGAGAGACAGGCCUCCUACCGCUUCUACUCCAGCUCCCUUCUCAUCAUUUACGAUGGAAAGGACAGCAGGGCAGAGAUGUUUGUGGAGUGCCACUCGGAGACGCGCCUGAAGCAGAUGGACAGCUCUGUUCCGGAGGGCCUUCAGGACGGCGGCAGUUUGGAGCCCAGCUCCCCUCCCCACCCCAUGGUGGAUGUGCGUAUGAUUGACUUUGCGCACAGCACAUUCAAAGGCUUCCGUGAUGACCCCACUGUGCACGACGGACCUGAUAGAGGUUAUGUGUUUGGGCUGGAGAGCCUCAUCAACAUCAUGGAACAGCUGCGUGAGGGAAACCAGUAG